AUGUCUCCCUCACACAGCCACGACGGCGCAUUUGCCUCCCAACAAGCAAGACCAAGACCAGCGACAGAGCAAACACCGGCCGCAAAAGCGACAUGCAUCAGCGCCUCCUCCUUGCAAGGCCUGCGACAAGACAUUUCCGCCGACCCUCCAAACUUCCCUCCACACGACACCGAGCAGUCGCACGAACACUACUUCCCACACGUCUCCAUGCUCACGGCCAGCGGCGCGCUGAGGGCUAUACCGCGAGAAGUCGCCAAGUCUACGGACAAGCACCACACACACAGCUCAGGAGGUUCCUCUCUUCGAUCCCCGUCGACUAUCGCCAGCUCCGCAAGCAGCGCACACUCAGAGAAUACAUCGAACUUCCCCGCGAAGCUGCUCUUCGCCCUCAAAGAAGACGUCGAAGAAGCCCAGCGCCGCGCACGACAAGCUCGUGCCCACAACAAGCCUGCGCCAAGCUCACGAACAUCUCGAUCGAGAUCACCUGACAGUCGAGGAGAAUCCCACGGGGAUGGGGUCGUCGAGCACAUGACGACGUCCUUGGACCUCGCGGCGCAAGAGCCACCCCCGGAUUUAUCGAGCUCGGUGGUGUCGGAUUGGAAUCACGUGUAUGAGAAGCAGGAAGCGGAUCGGCGGGCGGUUGAGGCGGAGAAUAAGGUGCUUGAUGAGCUGGAUAGGAGUUUCACGCCGACUGUUGGGAAGUACGAGAACGAGGACGAGGACGCAGAGAGCUAUCACGAUCACGUGCGGGGGCGAGAGCAUGUUUCUGAGACUACCACUCAGCCACCCCCGGAACCGGAGUGGUUCGAGGGGAUGUGGUGGCGACGGGGAUCGAUGGACGGCGUGCGGAGGGAUAUCCCUCGAGGGGCGUACGAUUCGAGGCAUACGCAUGUUGAGUAUGGAUCUAGCAUUUGA